UUUACCAAAUUUAAAAGGAAAAGAAGACUUGUGCAAAUGCCUCCUGAAGCAUCAGGACUAGUCUCUAUAUUAGUCGUUUCUGUUUUCUUAUCACUAAGUUAAUUUUUAUAGUUAUAUUAUCACCUGAUUCCUCCCUAUCAUAAAACAGCAUACCAUCAGAAUGAAAUUACACCAAGUUCAUUCUUGUUAUUUAAAACUAAAAAUGAAAGAGACGUAGGGUAAAAAAAUAUGUGUAUCCCUUCUAGUACGUUCCCAGGCGUUGCAGAAAGGCCAGUAUUCAGCCUCAGGUUUAUGACCUAGACUUUGGCCCUCCUUGCCUUCUUUAAACCUCAAAGGAUUUCACUGGAACUUCAGAUCCUGGAAGAACAUGCUUCUAGAGCACACAUUAACUCUUUCUCGUGGUUUCUGCAUCUGAUCCUCUCUCUUUGUCAAGGUUUUUGUUUCAUCCCUUUUUUGAGAUACCGAGUCCUGAAGGGGACUUUCAACACUUAGAUGUGCCCCUAUCAACAGAUAUGGCCGGCCGUCCUUUGCAUCUAUUUCCUUCCGCUGCGGCUUCUGGCAGAAGGAGUUACCAGAGACUACUAUCUGGGGAUUCACAAUGUGGACUGGAACUAUGCUCCGCUGGGAAAGAAUGCCGUCACUGGACAAAACAUUGCAAAUGACCCCAUAGCCUCCUAUUUCCUCCAACCUGCCAAGGACAGGAUAGGUGGGAUUUACAGGAAAUCUAUCUAUAAGCAAUACUCUGAUUCCACAUACAUGUCAGAGAUAUCCAAGCCUGCCUGGCUGGGAUUCCUUGGGCCCAUCAUACGAGGUGAAGUGGGAGACACCAUUACUGUACACCUGAAAAAUUUUGCCAGCCGCCCAUUCACCAUUCACCCCCAUGGUGUCUUUUACACAAAGGAUUCAGAAGGGGCCCUGUAUCCUGAUUCAUCCUCUGAAGAUCUUAAGAAAGAUGAUGCUGUCCCACCAGGAGGAAACCAUACCUACACAUGGACUGUUCCUAAGGACCAUGGUCCAACUGCUGAUGAUCCAGCCUGUUUAACAUGGAUCUAUCAUUCCCACAUCAACGCGCCAAAAGAUAUUGCCAGUGGCUUAGUUGGGCCUUUGCUGAUAUGUAAAGAAG